AAAGUCAGGUCAGAAGGCCACUGGUGGGCAAAAAAAGCAACAGCCUUCAUAUUUGCUUCGCCUCUGGGCCGUCAAGAGUAAAUAAGUUAAUGCAAAACUGGCACACACCGGGAGCAACAUGCGACGCACCAACAACUAUCCUUACCAACCGCUGAACCAACAGCCAUCUGGUCCCAGUCCGGCUGGUCAUGAUGCGCUCGAGGCGGAGAACGAGCGCGCCGCCGAGGAGCUCAAACAGAAAAUAGGCGCCCUCAAGUCCUUAACCAUUGACAUUGGGAACGAAGUGCGCUACCAGGAUAAGCUACUGCGUGGCAUUGACGACGACAUGGAUCGGACAUCGGGGUUCCUGGGCAACACAAUGACGCGAGUCGUCCGCCUGGCCAAACAGGGUGGCGGGGCCAAACAGAUGUGCUACAUGUUCCUCUUUGUGCUUGUGGUGUUCUUGUUGCUCUGGCUGACGCUAAAGUUCAAAUAAUAGUCGGCCGCUGUUACUUUCUAAAAUAUAUACUAACAAUCUUUAUUAA